AUGCAGGGCCGAGCAACUCCAGCUCCUAUAUUUAAUCAAAGGAAACGCCAGAGGCAGGCAAUGUUUACAGACGCUAAUCAACCUGGACCACCAAAUAAAAUGCCAGAUUUAAUGCCAGUAGGCGGAUUUACCGGAGGUCAGAGACAGCCGACAUUUAACAGAUCAGUCUGUGGUGGUUUGAAUAAAACGGCUAUUCCAAAUCCAAUAUCAUCCUGCAAACCCAAUUUUGGAAAUAGGCAACCAAAUGUCGGAUUUAAUUCCUCAAAACCCAACAAUAUAGAGUUCAACCAUUCAGCCCUGCCUACUAACAGUUUCAACCAUUCAGCUUCAUCUACCAAUAAUUAUAACCAAUCAAAAACAUCGGAAAAUUUUCCAAAAAAUAAUUUCAACCAAUCAAAUAACCAAGGAAAGAGUAUAAACCAAUCAAAUUAUAGGAGUGGUUUUAACCAAUCAUCAAAUAGACACAAUUAUAAUCAACCAACCAACUCCUAUGGUACACAACGCAAAGACUCGUCAUCUGUCGAUUUCGGUCCAAAUGGACCCUACUCGAAACAGAGACAAUAUGGGGGUGCACCACCAAAUCAGGGUAAUCAACGUCAACAAUUUCAGCCUAAUUGUUCAUAUGAUCAACCAACAACUAAUUUCGACGGAAGUAUGCCUGGUAAUUCAGGAGUCCAUACAGUUAACAGCUAUGAUAGCAGAUUCCAGAGUACAUCAAUGUUUGGAAAUACUGGAUCAAGAGGUUCCGAUUAUGGUCAAUCUGUCAGUAACAGUUCGAACUGGAAUUUGGCUUUCGGAAACAAAAAUCCACCGCAACAGACAAUGUUCUCCAACAAUAACAGGAACAACAGAUAUCAACCAAAUUUUAUCACUAAUUCUCAGCAGUUUAGGAGUAAUGAAAAGCAAAUCGUGCAACAACCUACAACCAAAUCCAAGAUAGUUCAGAAACCACCAGAAAUUGAUAAAAGUUUGAAGAUAAUUACAACUGAUAUUGAUGGCUGUAAGAAAUGGGGCCAAAGAAAAGGAGCUAAUAUGAAUUUACUCUUUGAAGUCUUUGGAAUGGUCGACUCUGCUGUAUUAAUGAACCAGUCUGGAACAGGCAAAGAAUUUAUUUUGAAAGAUGGAAUGGAUACUAUACAAUGUCUCUUUUAUGAAAUAGACAGAAGUUUACCCAGAUUAACCAGAGGACAAUGGCACAGAUGCGUGGGAACAUAUGAAGGGAAGACUGGUAAAAUGAAAUGUGUGGCGGUACGACCCGCUGGACCAGAGGAAAGAAAACUAGCGAAACUCACAAUGUACCUGUCUAACAAAUCACUUGAGGGCUUUUCCAGAGCUAUAAGCGAGCAGUAGAAAACUCAUAUGGCGAUUUGAUGGACCAAUAUGGAAAUUUUCUUGCAGAACUAUGCCUAUACCAAAUUUCCGUUAAAUAUUUUGUUUGUUCCAUAGGAAUCAGUCAUUUCAAUUUUGACUCAACCCGUAAAAUGCCAUAUAUAUAUAUAUCAUGCUUAUUGUUAUUUUGUUGAUAUUAAUAUAUUAAAAUGUUAUAUUGUUGUAA